CGAAUUCCCCGUCACAGCUCCGGUCUGUGGUCAAGUGAUAUAGCACCGAGGAAAAUCAACAAUUCCAGCGCUAUUUCCACUCGCUCCAUCACUUCGCUCGCAGCUUUAUCUCUCAGACCCCGUGGUCGUCAGAGUCAUACGUUACAAAUGGAUAUGAAUGGUGACGCAGGCGCCAAGCGCAAGCGCAGCUCGAUCGCCGCGCCCGCCGAGCGGCCCGCAAAGCAUCUCCGUCCCGAAACCAGCACAUUAACGCCUGGCGACUCCACCCCCGCGAAUGGAACCGUCUACGAUGUGGAGGAAGAAGAGGAUGCUGGCCGGGUGUUGCCCCUGGGAGCUGCACAGGCCGACUCGCCUGAGUGGCAGGCAACGAUUGAGGAGGUCGUGAAAAGCGUUGUGUCGAUCCACUUCUGUCAGACGUGCUCCUUUGACACGGAACUUUCGAUGAGCAGUCAGGCGACUGGUUUUGUAGUCGACGCGGAGCGGGGUUAUAUCUUGACGAAUCGACACGUGGUAUGUCCCGGACCUUUCUGGGGUUACUGUAUUUUCGACAACCAUGAAGAAUGUGAUGUUCGCCCGAUCUACCGAGAUCCUGUUCACGACUUCGGCAUCUUACAGUUCGACCCGAAAGCGAUUCGAUAUAUGAACUUGAAGGAAUUGAAACUACAACCGGAUGCGGCCAAGGUCGGAUCGGAGAUUCGUGUCGUGGGUAACGACGCAGGAGAAAAGCUUAGUAUUCUGUCUGGUGUCAUCAGUCGAUUGGAUCGAAAUGCUCCGGAAUACGGCGAGGGAUACAGUGAUUUCAAUACCAAUUACAUUCAGGCCGCUGCGGCAGCGAGUGGUGGUAGUUCCGGCAGUCCUGUCGUGAACAUCGAUGGCCACGCAAUUGCUUUGCAGGCUGGCGGUCGCGCAGAUGGCGCAGCUACGGACUACUUCCUCCCGCUGGACCGGCCGCUGCGUGCGCUGGAAUGCAUCCGUCGCGGUCAGCCGGUCACGCGAGGAACCAUUCAGACACAGUGGAUUCUCAAGCCGUUCGACGAGUGUCGUCGGCUGGGCCUAACGCCUGAGUGGGAGGCCACCGUGCGCAAGGCAGCUCCCACGGAGACCAGCAUGCUGGUGGCAGAGAUCAUCCUGCCGGAAGGCCCGGCAGAUGGAAAGCUGGAGGAGGGAGACGUGCUUCUGAAGGUCAACGGGGAGCUGCUCACUCAGUUCAUUCGGCUGGACGAUAUCCUGGACUCGAGCGUCGGGCAGACGGUGCGUCUGCUCGUGCAAAGAGGCGGUCAAGAUGUGGAGGUGGAGUGCCAGGUUGGCGACCUGCAUGCCAUCACGCCCGACCGCUUCGUGACAGUGGCGGGAGGCACGUUCCAUAACCUGUCCUACCAACAGGCACGUCUGUAUGCCAUCGCUACCCGCGGCGUCUAUGUCUGCGAGGCCGCCGGGUCUUUCAAGCUGGAAAACACCCUGUCGGGAUGGUUGAUUGACUCCGUGGAUAAGCGGCCAACGCGGACACUGGAUGAGUUUGUGGAGGUGAUGAAGACGAUCCCUGAUCGCUCGCGGGUGGUCAUCUCGUAUCGCCACAUCCGCGAUCUUCACACGCGCGGGACCAGCAUUGUCUAUAUCGAUCGACACUGGCACCCGAAGAUGCGGUUGGCGGUGCGCAAUGAUACCACUGGACUCUGGGAUUUCUCUGAUCUCGCGGACCCCGUUCCCGCCCUGCCUCCUGUGCCGAGGAAAGCUGAUUUUAUCCAGCUUGAUGGGGUGAGUCAACCUGCUGCCGCUGCCAUUGUGCGCAGCUUCGUGCGCGUGUCGUGUACGAUGCCUCUUAAGCUGGACGGCUAUCCUCAAGCCAAGAAGACGGGAUUCGGUCUGGUCGUUGACGCCGAGAAGGGACUGGUCGUGGUUUCGCGUGCCAUUGUUCCGUACGACCUCUGCGACAUCAACGUCACCGUAGCUGACUCGAUCAUUGUCACCGCCAAGGUGGUGUUCUUGCAUCCUCUCCAGAAUUACAGCAUCAUUCAGUAUGACCCCAGCUUGGUUCAGGCUCCGGUGCAGAGCGCCAAGCUCAGCACUGAGUACAUCAAGCAGGGUCAGGACACUAUCUUCGUCGGAUUCAACCAGAACUUCCGCAUCGUGGUGGCCAAGACCGCCGUCACCGAUAUUACCACCGUGUCGAUUCCGGCCAACGCCUCGGCCCCGCGCUACCGUGCGAUCAACCUGGACGCCAUCACGGUAGACACUGGUCUUAGCGGACAGUGCUCCAAUGGUGUACUGGUCGGCGAGGAUGGCACGGUGCACGCCCUUUGGCUGAACUACCUCGGCGAACGCACGGGGAACUCGCACAAGGACGUCGAGUAUCAUCUGGGCUUCGCGACGCCAUCUCUUCUGCCUGUUUUGUCCAAGGUGCAGCAAGGCGAGAUGCCCACGCUGCGGAUCCUGAACAUGGAGAGCUACGUGGUGCAGAUGAGCCAGGCGCGCAUCAUGGGCGUGUCCGAGGAGUGGAUCGAGAAAGUGACGCGGGCGAACCCCGCCCGGCAUCAACUGUUCAUGGUCCGCAAGGUGGACUGUCCGCCUCCAGGCUUUGCCUCCGAGGCUGUAGACAGCUUUGAGGAGGGUGACAUCAUCCUCACCCUGGACGGGCAGCUGAUCACCCGUGUCUCGGAGCUGGACAUCAUGUAUGAGAAGGAAUCCCUGGAGGCGCUCAUUGUGCGCAACGGCCAGGAGAUGCGCAUCCAAGUCCCCACGGUGCCGACGGAGGAUUUGGAAACCGACCGCGCCGUGGUCUUCUGCGGUGCUGUCCUCCAGAAGCCCCAUCACGCCGUCCGUCAGCAGAUCUCCAAACUCCACAGCGAGGUCUACGUCAGUGCCAGGAGCCGCGGUUCCCCCUCCUACCAAUACGGCCUCUCGCCCACGAACUUCAUCACCGCCGUCAACGGCACCCCGACCCCGAACCUCGACCGCUUCGUCGAAGAGGUCCGCAAGAUCCCCGACAACACAUACUUCCGUCUCCGGGCGGUGACCUUCGACAACGUCCCCUGGGUGGUGACCAUGAAGAAGAACGAUCACUACUUCCCCAUGUCCGAAUACCUGAAAGACUCAUCCGCCCCGCAGGGCUGGCGCACCGUCUCCCACGAUAAGGACAAGCACCACGACGGCGCUGCGCCGGAUGCGGCCAACUUGAACCCCGACGCCAUGGAUGAGGGCUUCGAUGGUGUCAGUGAUGUCGAGCCGGAGGCUGAGUAAGGGGGAGUCAUACCCUUUUUCUCUGGGUGGUUUCUGUAGGUGAUUGUCG